AUGAAAUAAAAAGUAAAGGAAAUUAUCAAAUAUUUGAAAGAAUUCUAAAUCCCUGCUAUUCCUAGUGAAUUUGCUUUAAGUGAAGCUGAGAGAGCAAACCUUUAUUUUUACUUAACAACUUAGGAAAUGGAAAGUUAAAAGUAAUAAAUAGAGGAGAAAUUGCCAGAAGAAAUCAAAUUAAAAAAAGUGAAAAUAUAUUAAGUCUAUGAUCCAAUUGAUGCUAUAUAAAAUUUCAAUUCCUUUGAUUUUAAAUAAGAAGAACGAAAUAUUUAGGAAAAUGAGAUCUAAAUUAUAUCAAAUAGAGAUCAGAAUAUCAAAUUUAAUUCUUUGAAUGAAAUAAAAUAAUUUUUGAAACAAUAUUAUGAUCAAAAGUUAAACUAAAUUUAAACUGAUGAAAUUUAAUAAAUAGAUAGAUAACUGAUUAUAUAAAGUCUCAAUAUUUAAUUUUAAGAACCAAAUUGUGAUAUUCAAUAAAUAAUAGAUAUCUUUUUGAGUAUUCUUUAUAAAGAGAUAGAAUAGAAUUAUCAAAAAAGAUAUGAUUAUUAUUUAGAUGCAUUUUGUAUGUUGAUUAAAUAAAAAAUUUCAUUCUUGAUGUCUAAUUAAAGUACUUAAAAUAUAACUGAAAAAUUAAUAAACUCUGUUCCUUAAUUUAGAGUUUCUUUAAUAGAAUUAGUAAAGGAAUUUACUGAAUAAGCACUUCUAAAGUAAAAUGAAAGAAUGUAUUCAAUAUAUUUUACUUAAUUAAGAGAUUUAGUAUUUAAAUUUUUAAAUGAAGAUCAUCCAUUAUAAUUUGAAAGUUUUAGAUUAUUAUUAAAAAUAAAUCAUUCAACAAUAUUAGAAUUUGUUAAAUAAGCUAAUUCUUUAAUUUUUAACAAAAAGAAACCAGAAAUUAAAGAUUUCAUAUUUGAAGAAACCUUAUAAAAAAUAAAUUAGUUAUCUUCAAUAAAUGAUUGUUAAUAAUAAUUAACAUUUAUGUUUUAUAUUGGAAUUUGUUAAUAAAAUCAUAAUCAUCAUUGUAAAAUACUAGCAAAAUUAUUAUAAGAUUGUUAAUAAAAUUAUCCUUAGCAUCUUGAUGCUAUCUAUACAAAUUUGUUAAAGAUAAAAAAUAAUAGUAAUAUGAGUGUUAAAUAGAUUAUUGAAUUUAUAGGUUUAAGUGUAAAUAAUCCUGAUGCAUUGCAUUAGAAAUUCUUAGAUUUAUUUGUAGAAUUUGCUUUAGAAUAUCCAAAAUCAGAAGAAUUUGCUCUUGAUAUGUUUAGAGUUUAUUUAUAUCGUUAUUUUACAUAAUAAAUAGAAGGUGAUAAAAAUAUAAUAAAUAAGAUUCUUUAAUAAACUUUUGAUUAAUUGAAAAUAGAUUUUAUGAUAAAGACAAUUGAAAGAGUACCAACAGAUAAAUUAAGUCAAAUGAUAUUAAAAAGAUCUAAUUUUGAUUUAUAUCAUUAUAUAAUAAAGGAUGAAAGUAAAGCAUUAGCUGUUUUUCUAAUAAAAUUAUUUUUAUAAAAGGAUUAACAAUAAUUAAAAAUUAAUAAAUAUGAAUUAUUGAAGUUAUUUCAAGAAUAAGUUUGUGAAUAUGAACAUACAAAAGAUAUAUUGAAUUUUUUAUUCUAAGAACAAAAUAGAUCAUAUAAUGGAUUGAUAACUACCUUUAUUAUAAAUUGUUUAAAGAGAAAGAAACCUAAUAAUAUUUAAGAGGAAAUAAAGUUUAUUUUAUCAAAAAGUUUUUAUUAUGAGGAUGAAAAUAUUAUCAAAAGUAUUGAGUUUUAUAAAUAAUUGUAUCCAGACUAGUAUUUAUAAUUACUUGAUGAUUAAACUAAACUUCGAUUAAGAGAUAAAAGAUUAUUAUGA